CCGAACUCUAGGCAUAUGGCGAACAUGUACCAGUUCCAACCGGUUUGUAAGUUUGGGUGUUUUCUUCAGAAUUCGGACAGAGCUUCAAGACAGCGGUCAUAGAGAUAUUCAAUGUGUAACAGAUAACGAUGAAAAUGGCGACUCUACCAGAGCAAGCAGAGAAAUUGUUAGAUUUCAGUCAAAAACUUGACAUCCCACUUCUGGACAGCAUUGUGUCAUGCAUGUACACUGCAGAUGGACAACAGCAGCGAAUGGCCCAGGAAGUUCUGACUCGGCUCAAGGAACAUCCAGAUGCCUGGACUCGAGUGGACACCAUUCUGGAGUUCUCGAGUAAUCAGCAGACCAAGUAUUAUGCUCUUCAGAUCCUUGAAAAUGUAAUUAAAACCAGAUGGAAGGUGUUGCCCAGGGCACAGUGUGAAGGAAUAAAAAAGUACAUUGUUGGAUUAAUCAUCAAAACCUCUUCAGAGGCCACACUGUUGGAAAGAGAAAAGGUUUAUGUUGGAAAGCUCAAUAUGAUUUUAGUACAGAUUUUGAAGUAUGAAUGGCCUCGUAACUGGCCCACCUUUAUCAGUGACAUCAUCGGUGCUAGCAAGACCAAUGAGUCAUUGUGUCAGAACAACAUGGUGAUACUCAAAUUACUCAGUGAGGAGGUGUUUGACUUCUCUAGUGGUCAGAUGACUCAAGCAAAGGCAAAGCAUCUCAAGGACACAAUGUGCAGUGAAUUCUCACAAAUCUUCCAACUCUGCCAGUUCGUUAUGGACAACAGCCAGAAUGCUCCGCUGGUGGGAGCCACACUAGAGACCUUGCUGAGGUUCCUCAACUGGAUUCCACUGGGAUAUAUCUUUGAGACCAAACUCAUUACCACCCUCAUUUACAAGUUCCUGAAUGUCCCCAUGUUUAGAAACAUCACAAUGAAGUGUCUGACUGAAAUUGCUGGUGUUCAAGCUGCGCAGAGCUAUGAUGAGCAAUUCCUUCAACUGUUUACUCUUGGGAUGAAUCAACUCAAACAGAUGCUUCCUUUGGAGACCAACAUUAAAGAGGCAUACCAGGGUGGCACAGAUGAUGAACAGAACUUUAUUCAGAACCUCAGUUUAUUCCUUUGUACCUUCCUCAAAGAACAUGCCCAGUUAGUGGAGAAAAAACCAGAAUUGCAUUCUCUCUUAAUGGAGUCGUUGCAUUACCUGAUCCUGAUCUCACAUGUGGAGGAGGUUGAAAUCUUCAAAAUCUGCCUGGAAUAUUGGAGCUCCCUGGCCUCGGAGUUGUACCGUGAAAAUCCUUUCUCAGAUUCAUCAUCACCACCACUCAUUUUCUCUCAACUGCGAAAUCAGAACCAAGAGAUGCCAGCCAGAAGAUUACUGUAUAACCCUGUGCUUUCAAAAGUCCGUUUGGUGAUGAUCUCACGAAUGGCAAAACCUGAGGAGGUCCUUGUGGUGGAGAAUGACCAGGGGGAAGUGGUGAGGGAGUUCAUGAAAGACACAGACUCAAUCAACUUGUAUAAAAAUAUGAGGGAAACAUUAGUGUACCUCACUCAUCUGGACUACACCGAUACAGAAAACAUCAUGACUGAAAAACUACACAAUCAGGUCAAUGGCACAGAAUGGUCGUGGAAAAAUCUAAAUACUAUUUGUUGGGCCAUUGGCUCUAUCAGUGGUGCCAUGCAUGAAGAUGAUGAGAAGAGAUUCUUGGUCACAGUCAUUAAGGACUUGCUGGGCUUGUGUGAGCAAAAGCGUGGCAAGGACAACAAGGCCAUCAUCGCCUCCAACAUCAUGUACGUGGUGGGCCAGUACCCACGCUUCCUCAGGGCCCACUGGAGGUUCCUCAAAACAGUGGUCAACAAACUCUUUGAGUUUAUGCAUGAAACCCAUGACGGUGUACAAGACAUGGCGUGCGAUACUUUCAUCAAGAUUGCCCAGAAGUGUCGUCGCCACUUUGUGCAAGUGCAGGUGGGCGAGGUGAUGCCCUUCAUCGAGGAGAUCCUGAACGGCAUCAACACCAUCAUCUGUGACCUGCAGCCCCAGCAGGUGCACACGUUCUACGAGGCCGUCGGCCUCAUGAUCGGGGCGCAGACAGACCAACUGGCCCAGGAGCACCUCAUUGAACGUUACAUGCUGCUGCCCAACCAGGUGUGGGAUGGCAUCAUAAACCAGGCCACCCACAAUGUGCAAGUGUUAAAGGACCCAGAAGCGGUCAAACAGCUGGCUAACAUCCUCAAGACCAAUGUGCGGGCCUGCAAGGCGCUGGGACAUCCCUACGUGGUGCAGCUCGGACGCAUUUACCUCGACAUGCUCAAUGUGUACAAGGUGAUGAGUGAGAACAUCAGUAGUGCUAUCGCCACCAACGGAGAGAGUGUGACCAAACAGCCGCUGAUCCGCUCCAUGAGGACAGUGAAAAAGGAGACUCUCAAGCUGAUCUCGGGCUGGGUCAACCGGUCAACAGACCCACAGAUGGUUGCCGAGAAUUUUAUCCUGCCUCUUCUGGAAGCUGUUCUGCUGGACUACCAGAGGAAUGUGCCAGCCGCGCGAGAACCGGAGGUACUCAGUACAAUGGCAACCAUUGUCAACAGUUUAAAGGGAUGCAUCACAAAAGAUAUUCCUCAAAUCUUCGAUGCUCUCUUCGAGUGUACAUUGACCAUGAUCAACAAAGAUUUUGAGGAGUUUCCAGAACACAGAACAAACUUUUUCUUGUUAUUGCAAGCUGUUACUUCCCACAGUUUUCAAGCCCUGUUGAACAUCCCAGCAGCUCAGUUCAAACUGGUGCUAGACUCAAUCAUCUGGGCCUUCAAGCACACAAUGCGUAACGUGGCAGACACAGGGCUUGACAUCUUGUACGUGCUCCUGCAGGAGAUGUCCAGGCAAGAGGGCACGGCCCAAAGCUUCUACCAGACCUACUUCACAGACAUUCUGCAGCACCUCUUCUCCGUUAUCACUGACAGUUCCCACACAGCAGGCCUGACGCUGCAGGCCACCAUCUUGGCAUACAUGUUCAACCUGCUGGAGCACAACAAGAUCACCGUGCCCCUUUCUCCCAACAUGGCUGCGGCACAGAACGUGGCCUAUGUGCAGGAGUUCCUCCUCUCUCUGCUCAAGACAGCUUUCCCACACCUGAACGAACAACAAAUCAAAAUCUUCAUUGAGGGCCUUUUCAGUUUUGAUCAAGACUGCAAUGCCCUGAAAGAGCACUUAAGGGAUUUCUUGGUCCAAAUUAGGGAAUUCGCUGGAGAAGACCUGGAGGAUUUGUUCCUGGAGGAGAGAGAGACGGCUAUCAGAAGUGCACAGGACGAAAAACGCAAGCAACAGCUGGCCGUGCCAGGCAUUGUGGGACCUCAUGAAGUACCAGAGGAAAUGCAGGACUGAGGGGCAAAUUCCACGACAUUUGGUUGGGGGAGGGGGGGGUGAUGUUAAUUGUAUGUUUGCAAGCAAGAAUGUUGGAGGGAGGGGGAUGCUUGGGGUUUUUUUUUCAGCAUGUCGAAAAAUUGCUUUCUGAGAAAUGUGAAGGUGAGGAUGACUGUGUUUGUGGUUAUUCUGCAUUGCGUGUGUGAGGAAAAACAGUGUGAGUGGUGUAAUUGACCCAGUGGAAAGAAUGGUUAGUUUGGGGUUUUUUUUCCCGCUGCAUAUUUUGCCAGGACCGGUGCUAUUUGUGUUGUGUGUAGUACUGUACCACAGAGGAUGACUGUCCUGGUCCAUUUUGCCCAGAGCUGUGGUGCCCUGCCCCUCUUCCUCACAGAGUACCAGAAGACUUAACUUAUACUGAGCAUGAACCGAUCCUCCUUUGUCUCCACAUUACAUGUAUUUGCCCGUCUUGUGUCCUGUGUCCCCUCCCCCACCCUUCCUUUUCAGCAUGACAUGCCCCAUAGGUUCCAUUACCUGUAUUUGUUGGAUGGCUUAGUUCAUUUCUCAAAUUUGGUCACACUGGAGGAUGACAAAGAGAACUCUUUCAUCUUUGCUCUACAAAUUCCCACCCUGCAGAAUGUCUUAUGAAAAGUAAAGCAACAUUUGGAGGAAGACAGGUAGUUUAUAGGAUUUCUAACUUUUCUUUAAAAAGAUGUACUUUUCAUGGCAAGUUUCCCCAAUAUCUUGGCAGUUCCAGCACUGAAUGUGACUUUUAUUUUCCUGCCAUUGUUCAAGUCUAGCUUGUACAGCAAGGAUGAUUUAUAAACCCACGAAUCUGAAUUUUCUUAAAUGUGCUUAUAAACAUCAGAAGGAAAUUUUUUUAGCUUUCUUUUUUUAUUAGAACAAAAGAGUUCCCUUUGAACCCUUUUGAGGUGUUGGUUGCCUUUCCACAUAUUGACUUUGAGUGAUUUCUUGUGAGAUAGUGAAGUUUCAUUGACUGCCCCAAGUAGUGCUGUGCAUUUAGUUUAAUCGGGAAUGAUGUUUUCAGCUGUACACAUUUGUUUUAGAAUAUUGGAGAAAUGUUUUGCAAAAUGUUGGCCUUAGAAGUGGAUAAAUAUUUGCUGCUAUUAAGAAAAUAUUUUAUUUGUGAGUUUCCAAUAGAGAAAGGGGGGGGGGUAUGGAUGGAGAUCAAACACUGCUGCUAUGUCUUGACGUCUUUUGUACAGAGCCAACAGCUUGCUAAUCUCAAUUGUUCCAUGCCAAACUGCUUCCGUGUUCAUACAUACCCAGUCUCUGCUGGUGUACCUUGAUUUGCCUUUGCGUGGUGGAGCCGAGAGAAUAACAGUUUAGUAGGAUGUGGAUGGCCUACAGGCUUUGUUUUUGGUCCGCUUUGGUGUGAAAGUAAAUGCGUUGUCCAUAAUAAGUGGGUAUGUUAAUAGUGGAAUAACCUUUAAUUGAUCUGAUUUUUUAAAGUUCCUUUGUUUUGCCAUGUCAACAGUGAAGUUUUGCUCGUCAUGUGUUGUGAGGUGAUGCAUAUUCAUGUUAUUCCUAGCUGCAUUUAUGACAUAUUUUGAUGUUUAUACUGGCUUUGUGUCAAUGCAAGAAUUGGAAGUGCAUAUGUCGAGGUCUGUUGAUGAUCAAAAGAGGUGUACGUUUGAUAGUUGGAUAUAUGUGUACGGUUUGGAGUGAUUUUGUUUAAAUCUCAGAUCGUGGUUAAAAAGUGAAGCAGUUGUAUCAGAAUAAAAUACAGAGGUCUUGAAGUACUGGGUGCAUUCGAUUUUCAAGACACAGGCAUUAUGUGUGCUCAUACCAAUGUUGAAGAAACUGCUUAGAGAGUUAGUAUGACUAUAUAAUGGUAAGAAUGUUUUCAGUAAUGUUUUAUUUUGUACACAGAAUGUGAAUACAUGCUUUCAUAUUGUCAUACAUUUUAUUGACACUUGUGUGUUCAGUAAGUGCUAGAUUUUGUUGUACAUAGUAGAGUCAGCAGGUUUGCUUACUCAAUCCAAAGUUUUUUGUUGUGUCCAAUCAUUCUCAAAAGACCAGCAGUUAGUUGAAUCUGAUUCAUUGAUUGAUGAUGCUUUGUCUUUGCUAAGCUUGACUUGUUGCAGUCUUGUAUCUGUCGCCUUUUGUGUCUUUGUUGUACAGUAGUUUCUUCUUGUUUUGGGCUGCCGAUAUGAGAAGGGAACUGGCAUGCCAUUUGCAUUUCUUAGUAGGUAAACUGAACUAUGUUCAUGGUGGGUUCAGCUCGGCUUGCUAUGUGCCAUAGUGUUGUAGUAAGAUCUUUUUCUUCUUUCUUAAAGCCUUUUUGAACAUGUGUGAGCUGUUUUAGUGUGUUUUUUUAGACAUUCUAUGGCUUCUCCUUCUUAUCAAAGAGACAGAAUAGGAAUUAUAGCCUUUAUUUUCAACACUGUAAUUUACAAUGCUUCGAUUUUGAAACUGACAAUUGGAUGUAUUUUGAGGUCUCAAGUCCAUGGAUGAAUGGAAAGUUUUUUUCAUCAGAAAUCAGAAGCAUUUUGUCGUGGGGGAUGUCUAUUCUCUUGCUUUUAGAGAGAGAGAGAGAAUUUGGAAGUGGAUUCGUCUCUUCCUAAGUUAAAUCACUUUUGAGUACGAGUUGUGUUUCUAAUACCCUUGCCUGUACUCUUUGUGUCUUUGAGAUGGGUUGGUUUUUUUCCUUGUAAACCGUAGAAAACCACUAGCCUGACUGCCAAGGCUCUCUCAAUGUAUGUAUAUUUUGAACUCAUCACUGGUACUAUUUGAUAUAAUGGUGAUUUUUUUCGCAAGUACUUCUAUAGUGCAGUGGUUUAUUCUGAUAUUACGAUGUGGCUCAUUUCCUCAGCGGACAUGGUGGCAUCUGUAUAUGUGGAUGCAUUUAUUAGUGGCCACUCUCUAGCCAGUGUAGCUUGACAGUAACAAUGUACCAGCUGGUAAUUCUUUAAAAAAAUGUUUUGUUGAAACUUUGACUCCAAUUGGAAGCAGGGGUGGAAGUGGCUCUCUGAUUCUUCUGGAAUUUUUCAUCAGUUUGAUUUUUAAAUUGGGUUUGAGUUGGGGAGGGUUUUUUUUCUGUGCGGAGCAUUCGUAAACGCAAUAUCUCUGCUCACCCCCUGGUAUGAAACAUGUAUUGUGAAACGUCCCUAUGGAUCAAUUGGUUUUAUGAUCCAGUUCCAUCCCUGAAGCCACCGCCACCACCAGACUUUAUUUGUAGAAGUAUGACAACCUCGGGCUCAAGGCCCACAACCCAAGUACUAUGUACUUUGGAUUAGCCCUGUUCAUUGUAUGUGUCAUGUCUCCAUAACAACAGGAUACUGUGUUGUUGUGGGUGGCGCUGUACGUCUUUUGUUUUGUACCAUCAGUGUCUGAAUAAGACAUGUUGUCAACGUUAUUUUUUUUCUUUUUAAGACAACAAUAAAAUAAAAACGAGUUAUCACGAAGUUCAA